UCGGCCGGCGUCGCACGCGCCUUCCUCGCCUUCCUCAUCCCUGCGUGCGAACGCGCAGGUUGCGUGUUCAUUGGCGUGCGUCGAUGCGGGCCUGCGGGCGACAAUGAGCGGCGUGCCGGGAUCAUCCGAUACGCAUGCAUACGUAAUACACGCGUAAUCCGUCGCGUCGCGUCUGACUGGCGCGCGCGGAGGGGUGACUUGUCGCGCGACGACGUCGGACGUCGGAGUUUGGAGUGGUGAUUCGUAGUGCUUUGCAGUGCUUUGCAGUGCUUUGCAGUGCUUGAGUGUCGCGCGCGAGACUUGCGUCGUCGUCGUCGUCGUCUCGAGCGGAAGUCGGCGGCCCCGUGGGUUGCUCGGAGUCUCGUGUGUCUGCCGUGAAAGUACCUGCGGGUCGGGACGCGGUCCCGACGCACGAUGAGCCGACGUGAUAGACGAUCUUACGCGCGGUGCAAAUAAGGAAAGAGAAACACGUUCACCGAGAGACGAGGCCCGGCACCCCUUCGCGCCGUAGAUACGCGGUUAGCGACACGACUUCCCGGAGCGAGCGUCGUUAGAUUUGCGAAGCGGUGAGAGAGACUCCCGAGAGAGAUUCCCAGGAUGUAUCGCAAGCUGAAGUUCGAGGUGGAGUACCUGACGGAGGAGCACCUCACGGGGUUCGAGAGCUACAAGUACAGCAGCCUGGAUACAAAUCCCCUGAGCGUUUAUAUUAUGCACCCCUUUUGGAACAAAGUGGUACAGUAUUGUCCAAAGUGGAUUGCUCCAAACGUACUAACUUUCUUGGGAUUUCUUUUUACCGUGCUAAACUUUAUGCUAUUUGCGAUUUACGACUACUACUUUUAUGCGUCCAGCGACGACAAACCGGAAUACCCUCCGAUAGCAAGAUGGGUCUUUGCCGUGGCAGCUUUUAAUAUUUUUAUGGCAUAUACGCUUGAUGGAAUAGAUGGAAAGCAGGCACGACGCACACAAACGUCUAGCCCCUUAGGAGAGCUGUUUGAUCACGGAUUAGAUAGUUGGACUGCCAUGUUGAUCACGAUGUGUAUGUACUCGGUCUUCGGCAGAACGGAUCACAGCGUCUCGCCACUGCGAAUGUACUUCAUACUGUGGAAUGUAUUUAUUAAUUUUUAUCUGAGUCAUUGGGAGAAGUAUAACACCGGCGUAUUAUUUCUUCCCUGGGGAUACGAUGCUUCCAUGCUAGCAACUGUCAUUGUAUUUACAUUCAGUAGCAUAGGUGGACAUGAAGUCUGGAAAUUUGAAUUGCCGGGUGGUAUAUCGGCGGGAAUAAUGUUUGAAAUGUUGUUCUACGUUAGCGCGCUUGUGUCCAACUUACCGGUUGUUCUUUGGAACAUAUACAAAUCGUAUAGAGAUAAGACCGGCAAAAUGCGGACAUUUCCAGAAGCCAUAAGGCCCUUGGUGCCUUUAGUUUUAUUCUUUAUAAUUUCCACAGUCUGGAUAAUGCAUUCUCCGAACAACAUUCUAGAAAAGGAUCCAAGAAUAAUAUACUUUGCCAUUGGCACUAUUUUCUCCAAUAUAUGCUGUCGAUUAAUUGUAUCGCAAAUGAGUAGUACUAGAUGCGAAAUAUUACCGUGGAUAUUAUUGCCAAUUGCAGUGGCCGCUGUUUUUUCGUUUAUCUUGCCCAGUGUAGAUUUGGAAAUUAUGUAUUUAGUCUCCAUAGUGGCCUUAUUGGCACACAUUCAUUACGGAACUUGUGUGGUACGUCAAAUGUGCCGGCACUUCCGUAUUCAGACGUUCUCCAUAAAAGAUCAUUCCGAAUGACUACUUGCCGACGACGCAUGUUAAGAACGAAGAGAAGUAUAAAAAAAGAUCGACAAAGAAACUGACACCGGAAAAGCAAGCAGGAAGAAGAGAUCUGACACACACAUACACACGGACUUUUUAAUAGAAUUAAUCACGAGGAAUUAACUAUCAUGACAAAAGCACUUGUAAGAGAAAAUAAGGAAUUCCUAGAAUCACGUCCUUUACGAGAACACACGCGCCAUUUGCGCAAAAAUACGAUAGUAAUGCUGCUCGCAGAGAUUUGAUAGUGCGCCAUUUUAUUCCACAUAUCUAUAAAAAAAGAGAUAGUGCCUGCUGGACCGCCUAUUUAUUUCUAUAUGCAAUAACAAAAUUGCCCGAAAUAUGUUUGACUACUGUGAUAUACUUAUCCGUAUCACCGCUUUAUCUCCAAGAGCAGCGGUACGUCCAUAAACGUUCUCUUCAUCGUGGUAUUCCGCUGGCUUAUAAUGUGUGUACAAAUACUUUUUCUUUGAAUGCUGCCGAGCUCAUUGAGCGGUAAACUAAAGAUGCACCUCUUCGUUUUCGACGUGUGUCGUCCCUCGGACGUCGUUACUCAAUGUACUAGUAUAACAUUGUAUCUAUUUAUCUAACUUCUUUCCUUUUUUCUUUUACUUCUUUCUUCCUUUUUAGUGUUGGAAAAGCUGUGUGUAAAUUAUCGGCAAUUUUAUAUACAUAUAUAUGUGUGUGUGUAUAUAUAUAUAUAUGUGUAAAAUUACCGAUAUAUAUUCUUUUUUUAAUUGUAGAAUAUUAUAUGUGUUGUGUAAUACUUCAAGCUGCAUUUAGUACAAUGUGUACAUUGAAUAAGGCAAGAUUGAGUGCGAGUCAUUGUUUAUAUAUCGAGUGUACAUUUUUUGCGUUAAGAUAUGUGUACAAACAAUUUUACCGUGUAUGAUUUCCAUAAAUUGCAAUGUAAAAUUUUGCUACAAUUGAAUGUAAUGUUGCAGCAAUAUUGUUAUAACUAGUUUCUCUUUCUUCUAUUAUACUUUAAAACAUCUUUUUGAUCGCAAUUGUAGAUACGUCAAAGUAAAGCGUUUUCUGAGCAUAAUGUAAAAUAAAAUGCGUUAAUAUGUACCGCGAUAAAAAGUAUAGAUGGUAAAAGUGAAAACAGCAGUUUCUUUCCAAUGUGAGUUUAAUAAGUUUUCACGCUUAUAUGUAAACUUUGUUGGACUAUAUAUACAUACGUAAUAUAUUAGUGUAAUAUAAUAUUGCGAGACACCGAAGGAGAUAUCACGGAAUAAAAGAUAUUUUUACAAA